GUCAACCCCUUCCUCGACCAGGCAACAAUGGAGGCACACGAGACGGCGGAUCUGGAGUCGCGUAAACGCUACAGCCAGUUGGUGGAAUUGGAUGAUUGGACGGAGGGUGAGAAUCAGUUCAGCGAACUCUACUACGACGUUGAAGACCUGGUGCAGUCUGUGAACGGUGGAAUCUACGACUCGGACAUUAUUCUGCAUCAACUGACCUCCGCGGAAGCUCCACGUCUCUCGCUGUGUUAG